CCAACCUUUCCCCUCUUUCCAUCUGUUUGCCCUUCGCCAUCCGACGAGACGGCAGAGCCGGAGCCGCAGCCAUGGACGCCGCCUCGGAGAUCAGCGACUGGGAGGUGCUCUCCGCGGCGUCCGGCUGCAGCGCCGGCGCCGCCGCCGCCGACGACGACAGCGAGGUCGUGGUCGUCUCCGGCGGGGCCGGCGACGUCCUCCACGACCACUUCGCGCUCGCCCCCGCCGGCCCCGGCGCCGGGUCCCUCGACGAGGGCCCGUGGCUGGAGCCUGGGGACGCCUGGGAGGGAUUAGAAUUGGUGGACGGAUUCGAUCCGAUUCCGGGAGCAAGCUUCGAUCUUGCCGCUGGGGUUUGGAGCGAACAGCUGCUGCCGACAGGCGGCGUCGAUGAGGUCCGAGGAGGCUCGAUUCUUGAGGCCACCGUGGCGCGCGGCACAGCCUGGGGAGCGGAUGGUAAUCAAGCCGAGGCGGUAGACGGUGAAGUUGACCAGGAGAGUAAUGCUGUGACUGAUCACGGCGAAUUGGGCUCGGUGCUGCAGCCCGAGCAUCAUGGGUUGGGAGAAACUCUGGAAUCUGAUGCACCAACGCCCGCAGGUGCCUCACUACAAAGCGACGCAUUGGAGAGUUCCCCUGUCCAAUUGGAUGGUGGAGAAAUUGAUGCGGGUGUAGAAAGCCCAUGCCUUGAGGUUGAGGAUGCUGUGGCAAGUGAAGGGAUUCAUGAUGAACAAGAGGAGCAGGAACAAGGGGGCAACGCUAGUGCUGCAUCCAGUUGCGAUGAGCCGGAUAGCGAGGCAAAGGACGCUUUACCUCUGGCUCACACACUGGGCGCUGAGGAGGGCGACAAACAAGUAGUGGUCUGGUGGAGGCUGCCGUUCAGGCUGCUGCACUACUGUGCUUGGAAGGUGAAGCCCGUGUGGUCCUUCUCCAUUGCCGCGGCGUUGCUGGGCCUGGCUGUGCUGGGGAGGAGGAUGUAUAGGAUGAAGCGCAAGGCAAAGGGAUUGCCCCAGAUAAAGAUUGCAUUUGAUGAUAAGAGGACCUCCCAGUUUGCAGAUCGCGCGGCACGUCUUAACGAAGCCUUCUUGGUAGCGAGGCGUGUGCCUCUGCUAAGAACUUCAGCUGGUGCUGUGCUUCCAUGGUCAAUGGUACAGGAGAGAUGAGCCAACCUGCUCAAAGCUCCAUAAGAAGGUUGUGGUAACUGGUAAACAACCGAUAUGGAUGAUGAGCAUCAUCACGACCGUCUGUAUUGGCUUUGCCACGUUACUAUUGCUUUUAGAUGACACUGUGAGGAGAAUGCCAGUGUAGUGCCUGAUGCAAUAGCUUUACUAUGCACAAUGCUACGACUUGUAUUCUCCUCUUCCUUUUUCUUUAUUCUCCUUUCUUUUUAUGGGGAACCGCUUAUGCUGGUUUCCAUUUUUCACCCGUACUUGGUGUAGUCCUUGGUCAGUGGUGGAGUCGUGGAUUUGUUACUGGUACAGACAUAUGUUCUUUUCUUGUUAAUUUGGAUGCUAGACUAUUCAGGUUUCA